GCAAGCUGGCUUAGUUGAGUAUUUUCACGAGCCAGGAAUGGAACGUUGGCUAUCAGGAUAGAAUAUUGGUACAAUUGUAUAUGAAAAAAAUUAUUUUAAGCUAAAUAUGGCUUCAUAUUGAUGGUAAAAAUCACAAGAUAUCGUCUAAGGAGACGGCUUGUUAAAAAGCGUUACAUAGGUACCAGGACAACGGAAGUCUAAACUGAUAAUUUAAUGUGUAAACAUUUGCUAUUGCAGUGAAAUGGCGGACGAAAACAGAGAAAAUCACCGUGAAUACAAAUGGCGCUUCUUAACCUUGAUACUAUCGCUGUUAUCAGUGGUAUUAUUGGCAGUGAUCGUAUACAUGGUGGCGCAGAACCAGGAAUCACCAAAUUCGCCCCAACUGUUAAACCCAGAGCAUGGUACGACCCGCCUGGGCGAGCCGACUGAACCCUCUGAACCAUCUGUGUUUCAUGACCUGACAGUCACUGAAAUCCGCGGUCUUGUUUCUUACUUAAACCAGGAGGAGUCCCUCAACAUCACCAGUCCUCCCUCCGACGCGAUCGACACCAACUACCGCUACCUGGCAGAGCUAUACCUGCCCUCUAAGGAUGACGUACUGAAAUAUUUAGAUGGUGGCGGAAAACAGCCCGCUAGGGAGGCAAUUGUGACUAUAUUUAGAGGUGCUGAGGACCCUCCUGACGUCAUCGAAAGAAUCGUUGGUCCUCUUCCAAAUCCGACCUAUAUGAAAGAAGUUCCCGGGAGGCCAUCCUCAAUUUCUUUCAUAUUACGACCCUUAAGUAGUCGAGAAUACGACAAAGCAGUUUUAUUUGUAGAAUAUGAACUAGAUACGAAACUUCGUGAACAUCUACGUACGAUUUACGGCGGAACGUUUCGCGAAUGUGGUUCCGAAUGUCUCGUUCUUAGCUACCUAUCAUACAUGUCACCCAGUGUUAGCGGUGAGCAAACUCGCAAAUUUUGGCUGUGGUUGACAAGAAACAAAGAGAACUAUUUAUUGAACAAUUUAGAUUUUUCAGUUUUAGUAAGAACGGAGAAUUCUCUUAUCUCUAUUGAAGAAAUAUGGUUUAGAGGUAUCUCUUACAACGGAAUAGAUGAUUUCCAAUCUCGCGUGUUCCUAAAUAUAACGAGAACACCCUGGCCUGAUCCACAUCAUGACAACUCGUUCUCAAAGGCCGAAAGACGCGGGAAGCCGUUCUGGGACAAACCUCUUCGAAACCCUACCCAAGUUGAACCAGACGGAAAGCGAUACAGUGUGAAUUAUAAUCACGUAACCUACAUGCGCUGGAGUUUCGACUUCCGGAUGUCCAGUGCGUAUGGACCACAAGUCUACGACAUCCGGUAUGAUGAUCAACGAAUUAUAUAUGAGGUUGGCUUACAAGAGUUGUGUGUGUUCUAUUCGGCUAAUAAUCCAGCACAAAUGUUUGCGGACCUUUUCGAUUCUUAUUAUCUCAUUGGCGCCAAUGCCAGCCCCCUCGUUCCUGGAGUAGACUGUCCGUCCCACGCCACAUUUAUGGAUGCCUCCUUUCUCAAGGAGGGGUCUGACGAACCGAUCACUACGCGAAAUGUGUUUUGCAUAUUUGAACUGAACACAGGAUACCCACAUCGUCGACAUUUCAACUCCUAUCCUUCUAGUCAGACAUCGUACGAGGGAAUGGAGAGUAUUCUUCUCGUCUUUAGGACAAUCCUCACUGUCGGGAAUUAUGAUUACAUAUUUGAUUUCCAGUUUUUCCAAAAUGGUGCAUUCCAGGUUCGAGUUGUCUCCACUGGUUUUAUUUCUACUAGUUAUUACAGACCGGAAGAGGAUCCAUAUGGGUAUCGUCUACACGACUUUAUCACUGGAAAUCUUCACCACCAUCUCGUUCAUUUCAAAGUCGACCUGGAUGUCAUGGGUACAAGCAAUCGCUUUGCUACUCUGGAUAUUGAGCCAGAAUCGGUUGACAAUAUUUGGUCGAAAGUCAAAGGACAAAAAUAUCACCAAACAAAGUUCAGUCAUAAUGUAAAGCGAGAUGAAUUGAGCGCUGCAUACAAAUAUGAUUUUAAUUCGCCAAAAUAUCUCACAUUUUAUAACAACAGAUCUACGAAUAAAUACGGCAUACACAAAUCAUAUCGUAUGUUGCUACGUGGAAUGAGCAAGUCACUGGUUGCGGAGGGAUACGGUAAUGAGCCUUCCAUGUCCUGGUCGCGCUAUCAGAUGGCAGUGACUCGCCGGAAAGAGACGGAAGCAUUCAGCAGCUCGAAGUAUACCGCACUUGACACAGCAGAACCUGUUGUAAAGUUCCAAGACUUUCUGGACGAUAAUGAGUCUAUCAUUGACGAGGAUCUCGUGACGUGGGUGACUUUAGGGAUGCACCACAUACCUCAUACAGAGGACCUCCCAGUCACCCCGACCCCCGGAAUGGAUGUUGGAUUCUUCCUCCUACCCUUCAACUAUUUCCAGGAAGACCCCGCUAUAGCAGCUAGAAACGCUCUUAGAAUCGAACCACGUGACAGAGCAAAUCCCGGAGCCGGAUUGAAAGUGGAGCGCAACGGAUUGAAACAGGACUUCACAUGCAGUUCACCAGACAAUCCAUUCUGGCGCGACAUAGAGCGUGACCACACAAUCCUUUUCGACGAAUGACUGACAUCCUUUCGCAUGGAUUUAAUUGUUCAUUUGGACGUGGAUGUAUCGUUCUAAACAGUAACAAUAUGAACUGUUGCAACGCCAAAGAAAUUAACACGUGUUAAAUUAGGAUAUCGUAACAGUUUGAUUGUGUGGAAAUAGCAAUAAAUUUAGUUCACAUGUU